CUUGAAAUCCAACUCAACACAUGCGCUUCCCCCUUGUCGAGGGCAAUGCUUUUGUAAUAAUAAAUCAUCUUUGCCUUCACUCAAAGAACAAAGCAGUUUGGACACUACUAAUAGUACUAGUCCUCAUAUAAACACACAGCCCCAAGGCACUUCCAUUUUCCUCUUCUCGGUCCCAACGCAAUACCCAGCACCAUGUCAUCACAACUACAGCAGCAGCAGCAGCCAACCCCAACCACCACCCAGCAGCCUCUCCUGAUGAACCCCUACAAUGUCCCGGGUCAGCCACCGCCCGUGUCCCGGACCCACUCCGACGGGUCUUUCGGGGGGGUCUUCAUAGUGCUCGCCGUGAUAGUCCUGGUGUCCGCCGUGGCUUGCUGCCUUGGCCGGUUCUGCGGUCGCCAGAAGCCAAAGGGAGCGGGCAAGAAACACGCAGUGGCUGCCGCCGCUCGGCCCCGCAAGGAGAGUGAUAUCGAGUUCGGGUUCGAUCACAAGAAGAUCCGGACGGCCAAUAGGCCGGUCAGGUAUGGAGAGUACAAAGGGAACAACAACAGUAAGCCAGGUUUAGAUGGUGGUUUUGUCUUCGACUUCGAGAAAGGAAGCAAGAUGAUGCCUCCUAAUGACUACGAUGGCGAGCCCCCGGUCGGGCCAUGAAGGUAUCGGUACACACAAACUGAAGGAGACAAUUACGUAGCUUCAUAUGUAUCUGUCAUGUCUCGUGAUGGAUUCUAUUUCUUUCAGAAAUUUCUCUUUAAUGUUUGUAAUGUUUGCUUGUAGUUCUGUAGAACUUGCACUCUUGUUAUAUGGAUAGUUGGAGAAGGGAAUUGCUUGUCCA